AUCUCAUCCGGCUGCACUAGUUCAAGUGAAGAACACUCCCAUAGACCAUGACGACAGCUAAGGCCGGAAAUAUAAUGCAUCAGAGCCGCAGCAAGGAGCACGGGGAAGGCCCUGCCACCGUGCUCGCCAUCGGCACGGCGAACCCGUCGGGCGCUAUCGUACCCCAGGACAAGUUUGCCGACCAGUUCUUCCGAGUAACCAAGAGCGAUCACCUAACUGACCUCAAGGAAAGGCUAAAGAGAAUAUGCCAUAAAACAGGCAUAGAGAAGCGGCACUUCCACCUGACCGAAGAAAUUCUGCUUGCCCACCCGGAGUUCCUCGACAGAGAGCUGCCGUCCCUUGAUGCACGCAUCGACAUCGUUGCCACCGAGGUCCCCAAACUCGCGGAGUCUGCCGCGGCAAAGGCCAUCACAGAGUGGGGUCGUCCGGCCACCGACAUCACCCACCUUGUCUUCAGCACCUACUCCGCCUGCCGCGCCCCGAGCGCCGACCUCCAGCUGGCCUCGCUCCUCGGCCUCCGCCAUUCGGUCUGCCGCACCAUCCUCAGCCUCCACGGCUGCUACGGCGGGGGCAGGGCUCUUCACCUUGCCAAGGAGAUCGCCGAGAACAACCGCGGCGCGCGCGUCCUCGUGGCCUGCUCCGAGAUCACCCUCGCCUGUUUCAACGGGCCCGAUGGGAGCAACCUCGUCGGCCACGCAUUGUUCGGGGACGGCGCUGGCGCGGUCAUCGUCGGCGCCGGCCCCUUGGCUGCCGGUGAACGCCCGCUGUUCGAGAUGAUCUCCGCCACGCAGACGACGAUACCGGGGACCGAGUACGCGCUGGGCAUGCAAGUCACGGGAGGCGGCAUCGAUUUCCACCUCGCCAUCCAGGUGCCGAUGCUGCUGGGACAAAACGUCGAACGGUGCUUGCUCGACGCCUUCACUUCGGCGCUUGGAGAUGACGCCUGCGAUGUGACAUGGAACGACCUGUUCUGGGCGGUGCACCCCGGUGGCCGUCCUAUCUUGGAUAAGAUAGAGACGGUGCUCAAGCUGGAGCCUGAGAAGUUGGCGGCGAGCCGACAUGUGCUGCGCGAGUACGGGAAUAUGAGUGGCGCAACCAUAGUCUUCGUGCUAGAUGAGCUACGCCAGCAUAGGGAGGAGGAAGCCGACCAUGACCACCGGCUGCCGGAGUGGGGGGCGAUGUUGGCCUUUGGACCGGGAAUCACAAUCGAGACAAUGGUGCUGCACGCACCGCGCAAUCCCAAGGAAAAUUAGCAGGCUAAUUAUAUAUGUUAAAUCUCACGAUCUUGUUGCUAGUGCAUGCUAGUAAUUUGCAUGAUGGUGAACAAGUACUUGAGCUGUGUGUACGUGUGUGCCGAUUACCCGUGUGUGCAUAAUUUACUCUCCCAAUUGUGUGUGUUCUCCGUUCCAGUGUUCCAAAUAAAUUAAAGGUCUAUGUGUUAGAACUAUAAUAGUAAUAUGACCAUCUCCAUUUUUAUUUUCAAUGUUAAGCUACAGGAUUUGUAUCAGAAUAAGGAAAGACCAUGCAGUCUCAGGCUCUCA